AUGAAGCUUAAAACACCGUAUUUUUUCUUAAUCCUCUUCUUCUUAGUGCUAAGUGAAGAUCAAGUUGUAUCAACGAAUACCAAUGGUGACUUUCUUGAGUGCGUUAUUCAUAAUUCUGAUAACUCAACCUCAAUCUCUGAAGUCAUUUACACCCAGAAUAACUCCUCAUACACAUCUGUUUUACAAUUCUCCAUGAACAAUUUAAGAUUCAGGUCACCUUCAACUCCAAAACCUCUCUUCAUCAUUACACCAGUUGAUGAAUCCCAAAUCCAAACAGUCGUUCACUGCUCCAAGAACCAUGGAAUUGAGAUCCGAACUCGUAGUGGAGGCCAUGACUUUGAAGGGUUAUCUUACGUUUCACAACUCCCAUUUGUGAUUCUUGAUCUUAUAAAUCUAAGAUCCAUCACAAUCGACACUCAAAGCGCCACCGCGUGGGUUCAAGCUGGGGCAACUCUACGUGAACUCUACUAUGCAAUUGCACAGAACAGUCGGAAUCUUGGAUUCCCUGGAGGUGUAUGGUAUGCAUUAGGCCUUGGUGGACACGUUUCCGGUGGAGGGUAUGGUGCAAUGAGAAGGAAAUAUGGCCUUGCAGCCGACAAUGUCAUCGAUGCUCAAUUCAUCAAUGUACAUGGAAAGAUUCUUAAUAGAAAAACAAUGGGGGAGGAUCUUUUUUGGGCUAUUAGAGGUGGAGGAGGUUCUAGCUUCGGAAUCAUUCUUUCAUGGAAGAUAAAGCUAGUUCCUGUCCCGGAAACUGUGACCGUAUCCACAAUCGCCAGGACUUUGGAGCAAAAUCUAACCAAAAUUAUCCACAAAUGGCAAUACGUUGCACCCAAGAUUCACAAAGAUCUUGACAUUAGGGUCUUAAUGUUCAGUGUGAUCGAUCCAAACACGGGAAACCGAACAAUAAGAGCAACUUUUGAAACACUUUUCCUCGGUGGGAUUGACAGAUUACUUCAACUGAUGGAAUUAGAAUUCCCGGAAUUGGGUUUGAAAAGAGAAGACUGUACCGAAAUGAGCUGGAUUGAAUCCGUGGUAAUCGGUUCUAGUUUCACAAACGGAGAAUCUCCCGAGAUACUACUCAAACGAACUGCCAUGCCAAAAAAUUCCUUCAAAGGGAAAUCAGAUUUUGCAACACAUCCUAUUUCAGUAGAGGGAUUGGAAGGGUUAUGGGAGUUUUAUAACGACAAAAUAGAAGCAGGAAUGGCACUUCUGGUGUUAACACCGUAUGGAGGAAAGAUGGAUGAGAUUCCGGAAUCGGCAAUUCCAUUCCCACACAGACUCGGAUCAUUAUAUAUGAUUGAAUAUCUGGUUGUGUGGGAUGGCAAUGAAACGUCACCACAUAUAAGUUGGAUUAGAAGCUUAUACAACUACAUGGCUUCUUAUGUUUCUGAUUCUCCUAGAGCAGCUUAUUUGAACUAUAAUGAUCUUGAUUUGGGAGUAGGUGCAACCUAUGCUGAAGCAAGUAGUUCUUGGGGUCCCAAGUACUUCAAAAUUAAUUUCAACAGGCUGGUCAAGGUGAAAACAUUAGUUGAUCCUAGUAAUUUCUUCAAGCAUGAGCAAAGCAUUCCUACAAGCUUCUAA